AUGAAGACCGACAAAACAACGAAAGAUCGCGAAAUACAAAUAAAAGACAAUGGUGAGGUCUUGGAAUGGUUUCCCAAAUCCCCUAAAAUUCCGAAAAUAAGCCCCGGGGCUUAUAUUUUUCAAAGGCCCUUUUUGAGAGGCUUAUUUUUGGAGGGGCCUAUAUUCGGAGGGGCUUACGUACGGAGGGAAAUUUGCGUUUCAAAUUCGAUUGGGCUAGCUUGUAGUGGGAAGGAAAUUUACCAUUUUUGCUUUGUUUUACUUUGUAUUCGAGGGCAGAAUUCCAAGUACAAGCCCCCCGGGGGGCUUAUAUUCGGAGGGGCGAUUUGACGGAGGGUUUUUUGCGUUACGAUUUUGGGGGGCUGAUAUUUGGAGGGGCUUGUACAUGGAGGGGCUUCUUUUCGGAAUUUUACGGUAUGUUUAUGUGGGAUCUACAAUAUCUCGAGGUGGAGAUGGGUCGGAGGAAAUAAGGGGAAGGCUUGCUAUGGCAAAGAACAAGCUGUGGAAGUUGAAAUUCUUGUGGAAUGGUCAAGAUCUCAAGCAAAACUAAGAAUUCCUAGAGCAUGCGUUCUCAUAGCUACAUAUGGCUGUGAGACGUGAAUUAACGCUUUUGAAAUGAAGUGCUGCAGGAAAAUUUUAAAAAUAUCAUGGACGAAGCACGGAACAAAUAAGUCAGUUGGGGAGGAACUGAAAGUGGAUGAUCAAUGGUUAGAGAUCUUUAUAAAGGAACAAAAGCUGAAGUACUUUGACUAUUUAAAAAGAAGUGAGAGCUUGGGAAAACCCAUCUUGGAGGGAAAGAUAGAUGGGAAAAGAGAAAGAGGAAGACCGAGAAGGCAGUGGGAUAAGGACAUACGGGAUGUUCUCAACAUGUCCUAACAGAAGUUGGAAGAUUGGCAAUUGACAGAAAUUGUUUCCGCUGAAGGGACAAGUAAUUUUAAUGCUUGCUUAUUCUUAAUACGAAGCAGAUUCAUGCUAUUCUUUGAAAGGUACUCUUUAGUUUUAGAUGCACUAUUAAUUACUCCAAUUCUUGCUCUGAAGUCUAAUGACUUGUUCCUCGGCUUUUUUGGAAUAUCCUUUAGCAGUUUUGGCUGAAACUUCUGCCUCAUAUAUUUUAAUGUCUCAUCGGCUUUUACGACUGUGCGUUGGCUUCCAGUUCAAGAAAUAGGUAUUGGGUCUAUAAAGUACAUCGUAUCAGAAAUCAGGUAGAAUUUUCGAGCACCUUUAUGACUAGUAAAUCAGCACGGGUAGCAGUUCUGCAAGGAAUUUGCACCUCAGCCAGAGAUACCUCGAUGAUGAUGAUGAUGAUGAUGAUGCCCAUGAAGAUGCCCAUGCCUACGAACCGAUCUGAAUACACCGAAUGCAAAUAUGGCGGACCUCUCGGCCGGUUCGGGUCUAGUUGCGCGAAAGCGAGGCUAGUCAGGCCUCAAGAGUUUUGUUUUGACCGCGCUUCUUGGCGAUUGAGUCGAUCGAUAUGGCUUCCUUCGAGUUGUUGCGUGCCUGAUCGCCACCAAAAAGGAGAUUUUACUCUAGCUGACACUACCUUUACUUUCCCAAGAUCUUUAAGGAUUCAUGCCAUUCUGCGCGGCGAUAGGAAGCACUUUACGGCGAAAAGGCAAGUGUGCUCGCUUCACUUGCUUUAAAGAGGCCCUGACAGGGUAAAUUCCGACAAGCGACAUGACCCAUAAAGUAGCGACAGAGCCUAAAAUGAAAUCGCGACAAGCGACAACCUCCUUCGGCCAAAUUGCGACAGUGACGGCAAAGCCGAGAAUAUGGGACAAAGAACGGUGGUUUGGCUAAUUUAUCACCAGUCUGAAUGCCAGGAAAAAGUAAUUUUCGUCAAUUUUCCUUGCGCUUCAGAGAUUGUCUCUCUUCAGGGAGUUUCAGUGGACCCUCCUGAGCGCGUCGCGUUGGCCCGUCGCGUAGUCUUCAUUUACGUAACCCCGCACAACUCCUGGGAGAUCUUGGAACUAGGUUGUCCGUCAAAUAGCUUAAUUUUACGCACACUUUACAUCUCUUGUAAUCACUACUUUCAUAUAGACCAUAAUGCACCUUGUUUUCCCCCUCAGAAUUUUGCAUAACCAUUGUUUCCAAAUUUUCCAGGGUAUUACAGUCGUCCCAAGAGAAAUCGAAAACAAUCGUUGUGCAAAGUUUUGGGAGGGCUAAACAAGGUGCAUUAUGGUCUGUGUGAAAAUGGUGAAUACUGUGCUUGUUUCUGAACUUCUCACGUCCUUGUCUACCUCUGUCGGACGGUGACGACGGUGGAGAGAUCAGGGACCAGGUAACUUAACCACCAACCUUCCAACCGCUCUCACAGAGUAGACCACCGUUAACCGACCUUCACGUACGAUUUAUCACCUUCAAAAAUGUUGAACGUGGAUCACUUAGGGUGUGUUGACAGUGUUCCUUUAAGCGAAUCCAAAAACAGAUUUCUGAUCCGAGAUUUGCCGGAUUUCGCUGUCGAAAGGAACGUGAAAUCCGAAAUGGGAUUUGUGACCUUGGUAACCUUUCGUAACCGAGUGCAAUAUGCAUGACAGCCUGAGCCUCUCAAGAAAUGACAUGUUUUCUACUGUUUGACAAAUUAUGUGAUUAUACUGUGCAGAAUUUUGUGGUCGGCAGUUCGAAUAACGACGAUGGAGCAUAAACAGAUCAAGAAAGGAGCGCGUUAAAGUUGAAUAUGUACUAAAGGUUGUCGGCUCAGUUUGAUCCAGUUUCGUAGCUCGGUUUUUUGUGUAACACAACCAAGUGCCUAUCGCGUCCACUAGUGAGUUUGUAGAAAGAUAGCAGUUAUUUGUCCCCUUUACUUAUUUGUGUUUUUCAGCAAUCUUUAGCGACAAAUGGUCAGCACAUGGAUAUUUUACUGUACCACUAUGAAUAAUCUUCUAGUGUUUUCAGAUGUUUUACGCAAAUGGCAGCAGUUAGGAAACUCUACGGGAAUACUUCAACUGGAAAUACAGCUGGAUCAUCUGACUAAUUUCGAAUCCACUGUGAAUGGAACAGCGUAAAUCACUGAUCCGUUAAUCUGGAUUCGGAUUCUUCGGAUUUCAAAUCCAAUGUGAAUCCUUUUUCAAAAAGGAUUCACCAGAUCAAAAAUCCGAAUUUGGAUUUGGCGAAAGGAACGCGAAAUCCGUUUUAAGAUCGAAAAUCCGUUCUUGGAUUCACCGAAAGGAACACACCCUUAAUUGUGAAUGGCGAUUAUAGNUCAUAGACUAGAUAAAAUGUUGUUGUUCUUUAAACCCGACUCUUACCCCCCUUUUAAAAAAACCCGCAAAAAAAAAAAAUUUUCUUGUUAUUUUCCCACCGGCGAGGAGGAAUAAAAAAAAACCAGACCCGGCGGUUUUAAAAAUUGAGCGGGGGGAAAGGGGCCCCCCCCCCCCCCCCCCCUGGCAGGGCCUCUUUAGAGGAGAGGACUCACGAAAGUAUUUGAGACAAGAGAUGGUGCUGUUCCAUGAUGUUUGCAUGGUGUGUUAUUUAUCCAACAAAAGGUAAACAUUCUCGAGAAAGGGAGCAUCCGCUGUCGACUUUAAAAUCUUUUGGUUUUCACCUAUUAAAAUAUUACAAUAGUGACGAGUGUGAAUGAAACACAACAAUAACAAGAGCCUGUUAAACCUACAAGCGUGGCCUGUGAAACCAUGUAAGAACCAGAAGACAAGUUUUAAGAACAGUCCUUUGAUAAAAGUGCACUGAAAAAACUAAAAGAGGAACUAUCGCGAACUAAGAAAGUAAAAAUAAGGAAGAAGGUUCUGGCAGGGAAAGAGCAUGCAGGUAUUCGAACAUUGUUUUUGCCCGUGCGCGUGAUCUAUUUUAGCAACUUGUCGAAGGGUUUCGAGUUUUCCAAAAAUUGCUACUUUUAUGGCACUGCUCAAAAUUCUUGAACACAAGAUCGUGAAGACUGUGAAGACAUUCGGCCUCGUUGUAAACAGUUCAUGCACAGAAGUGUGCCCGAUCGAUGAGAACUCCUAAGGAUUGUUAAGUCGCGACACAUCAAUUUGCCAUGCAUCUCCGCCCGCAAAUAGCAAAAGCUAGACAAGGCGGGCCAAGAGGAAUGUUUACCUUUCCUUGGUAAGAGACCGGACAAAGCGAACUUGAGACAGAACCAUCUUUCGGGAAUUCUCCCAUUCAAAUAGUUUCGUGAGUCUUCUCUUCUGAAGUGAAGCGAGCACACUUUCGUUCGUUUGACUCCGUGAUAGGAUAGUGCUUCCAUUCGCCGCGCCAAAUCGCUUUAUUUCUUUCUUCGUCAAGAACCUUUUCUUUUCUUUUUCUUUUAACUUUUAUUAAAUACUCCACAGCGUUACAAUACUAACGUUACAUGGCAUUGCAUGAUAUUACAUUACAAUAAAUUACAAAUACAUUACAUUACAUUACACUGAUUACACUAUGAACUUUAACGGUAAACUAACUAUACAAAAAAAGAAAAAUACGUUAUAAGUACAGACGACACAAGGGUACAGAGUCUAAAGGCAGUGCCCACUUCUUAUUAAAUUUGUCCAUUUUAUUAGUUUUAACACGUAUGUACUUUUCUGUUUCAUACUUAAUUCUAACGUUGGAUGAAAAGGCAGUUAUGACUGGAAAAGUCUGAUUUCUUCUACAACCUCAUAAGUAUAGUUUACCGAUCAGUAUCAAAUAAUUCAGUAAAGGGCAAUUUGUAUAUAAUAUUCCUGUAAUAACGUCUUGUAAGGUCAGACAGACGAAUUCUCUUGUCAAUGUGUAAAAGUAAUAUUGAAAUUCCUUCCAAAACUGCUUGGUGUGUCUGCUUUCGAAAAAGAUGUGGUAAAGGGAUUCCGAAUCCGUUUUGCGUAGUGAACAUAUAACCUAUUUUGCACAACUUUUUAUUGGUAAACAAAAUUGAAUUACGGACUUUGUAUUGAAAGGCUUUUAGAUAAGGUUCAAACGCUACCUCAUUUGGAAGAAGGAAUGUUUUUUUAAGCUGGUCUUGGGUUAUGGGAUNUUCAGUAAAGGGCAAUUUGUAUAUAAUAUUCCUGUAAUAACGUCUUGUAAGGUCAGACAGACGAAUUCUCUUGUCAAUGUGUAAAAGUAAUAUUGAAAUUCCUUCCAAAACUGCUUGGUGUGUCUGCUUUCGAAAAAGAUGUGGUAAAGGGAUUCCGAAUCCGUUUUGCGUAGUGAACAUAUAACCUAUUUUGCACAACUUUUUAUUGGUAAACAAAAUUGAAUUACGGACUUUGUAUUGAAAGGCUUUUAGAUAAGGUUCAAACGCUACCUCAUUUGGAAGAAGGAAUGUUUUUUUAAGCUGGUCUUGGGUUAUGGGAUUGAAAUCUUGACAAGUGUUUGGAGAUUUUUGGACACUGGGCAAUUAUUCUUUUAAUUAGCAUGUAGUAAUCUUUAGAUUUUCUUCGUCAAGAACCUUGGCAAAGGGGAGAUAAUCAACUCUCAUUUCUGCUGGAGUUAAAUCUCCUGUUCGAUGGCUCUUAAAGUACGUAAACAACUCGAAGGAAACCACAUCGAUCGACUCAAUCGCUAAGACACGCAGUCAAAGCCUGAGUAGCCUUGCUCUCGCGCAGCUAGACCCGGGCCGGCCGAGAGGUCCGCCAUAUUUGCAUUUACCCUGCUAGCAGAGUCGCUUCGAUCUUUCCUAGAUAAGUCGGGAAAGAGGAAGCGACUCUGCCGACAUCUUCAAUUUCCUUUGAUCUGCCGAUCAUCCAGCUUUUUGGAUGAGUCAGACAAGUUUUAUACUGGAUAAACCAGUUUUAUCUGUGCACGCACGCAUAUUCUGGAAUUUUGCUGACUCCUUCUGCGCCCACGCCUCAUAGAAAAACAAAUAGAUGGAUUUUGUUUUGGAUUUAACCAUGUACUUAGCCGAUUUUGCGGCAUGAACGGAUUCACAAUCCAGUAAGUGUUACGCGAAGUUUUUGGAAGGAUAAACAAACGGGUCUUGAAUGAAAAUAAUAAUCUUUAAGAAACAUUAUCUAUGCUUAUUCUUCUAUGUUUGCGGUAACAUUAAUUCAAAAUAAGAUCAUGAGGCUACAGAAUCCAUGUUGCAUUUAAAUGAUCGAUGCUUUUACAGCUGUUUGUGGAUAACACCCAACUUGCGAUGCCAAAAGCUUCUUUGGAUUUUGUGUUUUUCUACGACGUCAAUCAAAAUCUGAAGAAGCGUUGCUUUCUUCGCUUUCUCGCUUUUUAUUCAUCUUAGCGAACCUCUUACGAAACAAAAGGUCGUCGUUCGUGAUUUGUAAUUGGUGGAUUUCGAUCCGUUUUGUGUGUUUCUGUGUUCCAAGGUUAGAUGCUUUGUUUUUGAAAAGCGCCGUAAGUUUACCUUAGCUCUAAGAUUUUUUUUAUCUUCUUUACACUGAAACAUGGCAAGUUUAGAUUCCAAAGGUAAAAUUGUUCCUAUAGAGCUUUCAAAUCCAGAAGAAACACAGCUACGGAAGGGUGAAAACGAACUGUUACGUUCCCGCUGACAUUUACAUUUGCUGACAAACUAAGUGGAUGCUACGGUAACGGUUUGAUUGACGUCGCAGAAAAAUUUGAAUUUGGAGCAUGCUCAAUAUGAAUUGUUGAGGAUGUCGCCAGAGGUUCCUUCCUCUUCCCGACUUAUCUAGGAAGAUCGAAGGAGACUCUGUUCGCAGGGUAAUUUGCAUUCGGUUUAUAUCUCAAAGCAAAAUGCGAUAAUCAAGAAAAAUACUACCCAGCCAUGAAGGAAGGAGUCACGAAAUUUUUACAGUUAUAAAUUUAUACACCGAUAAUAUUUUUCUUGAUCAUUACAUUUUGCGUUGUGAUAUAGCUCGGUUCGCAGGCAUGGGCAUCAUUAGUGACCUUAAGAUUGAGGUUUUUCGGCAUUUCCCGCGAGCCGCGAACGUCAAGAAGUCACGUGACCAGGGCCUUGCCGUCAGGUUUGCGGCUUGAGGUCCAUGUUUAUACAGCUAGACCACGCUCUAGAGGUAAGUGAUUUACCGCAACGUUUUUUGCACCCUAAAACAUCACAAUCCCACGUUUGGGAAGAAAUACGACUUUUUAGAACUCUUUUGCUCAUUGAUUAUCGAAUUCUAUUUCCAAACAACGUACUUUUGAAGACAAUUUCUCUGCUAAAAUAGAAGUAAGUGAAUGAAUGAAAACAAACUUGGCAGCCGCGAGCUACCACCCGCGCAUCUAAAGUCCCAAAUAUGGGCAGACGGGUAACGUAAAACCGUUGACCGAAAAACCGUCGUCAUUUGCAGUAAAUUGACCAAACCUCGAUCUUAAGGUCUGUGUUGUCGUUUCCUCCGGCUGAGGUGUGAAUUCCUCGAAGAACCGCCGCCCGUGCUCAUUUCGUAGUCAUAAACAAACGUGCUCGGACAGAUAUACCUGAGCUCUAAGAGAAGGUAGCUUAUCAUCUCAAUACCUAUUUCUUGAAUUGGAUGCAAAGUACAGCAGUAAAGUUGUUGAAGAUGCGUUACAAUGCAUUAAGAUGCAUGUAGCAGAAGUUUCAGGAACAAGUCAUUCAACUUCAACUUCUUCAACUAAAGAGUACUUUUUUUAAAAAAAUAGUACGAUUAGCAAUCGCCUUUGUUUUAAGAAUUAGCAAGCAUCAAAACUACUUUUCCCGAAAAUUCGAACUGUUGGCUCGUCCUACCUCAGAGCAACUCGUUUUCGAAAUUUUAAAACCAUUCCACAGCUGAAUUUUAAAGGACUUUCUAGUUACGGACUUCUGUUCCAACGAUUUUUCCGAAAUUUAUUUGGUAUGUUUAUUAUAUGAACAAAAUCCGUGACCAGAAAUUUUAGUUAAAAAUAUCUGCAAAAUUUUUUACUAGACGCGAAUUUUUAUGAACAGUAAGGCCCAUUUAACCGCAAAUUUCUUUUCAAAUAUUUACCACCAAUGAAUGGUAUUAUUGUAUAUAUUAUUGCCGAAUGAUAUCUGUACUUUUUUUUCAAAGUUUCGUAGCCAUCGCGCCAAAAAAGUUAUGGCGAAACGUUCGUCAUAGCUCAAUGUCCCUAUAUUAAUAACGGAGUGUUUCAUGAAAAUUCAAUAAGCAAACGUAGAAAACAAACGUCUUUUAUAGAAAAAAUGCAAAUUUUGAAAAAACACGGCUGUUAAAACUCGGUUGGCAUGGUAACGUCAAUGUUGACGUACGCGUCACGACGACUUUAUAAUGUUCCAAGAGGACUUUAAGGAAAAGUCGCCAAGUUUGGCACUCUUAGCUUGAACGGAUUUAAGUUAUUCAACUUCUUAGUGUGGGGGAGGGAGGGGGCUCGGUCUGAAUAAGGUUAAAGAACCGUGCGCUGGAAUGCCUAUAAUUUUACGGGAAAAAUAAGGAAAAUAAGUUCACACUGAACUGAAUAGCACAAUUACAGAAAGUUAUUACCGUACAAUACAAGCUAAAAUUAGGCAAAUAGACAACUGCCAGUAAUGUUUCACAUCGAGUAGCACUUGGAGCAGUUAAGGUGAUUCCCUAGUUUUGCACUGCGCAUCUCUUACUGCGCAUAACAAGAUGGCCGCCGUAAAAAAGAGCAUGUGAAGUAACAUUAUUAAAAUGAAGUUGACUGAAGAGAAACGCUAUUGGAAUUUUUACACGUCCGACGUGUAUAACCUGUUAUAUUGAUCAUUCUAAAGUGUUUUAUCUUAUUUCCUUUCUGACAGACUGACUUUCACCUUCACUGUAGAGAGUGGGACGAGUUGCUCGAUUCCGAAGACUGGGAACCGGAAAAAAUAAUUAAGAAGCUCCCCGAGUUUUUCCAGUUUGUAAAAAAAGUUCAAGGGAUUGUUAUGGAAAAAAGAGGUAAGCUUGAGUCACAUGUGAUAAUUUUUAUGGUUAGUUAUAACGUCGCCUAACACUAAUCACGGUCGUGAAUGUAUUGUAAUUCUCGAGUAAUUACCCAAACUUGAGCAGAUGCACAUUCUAUUUUUAUGAUAUUUUUAAUAAACUUUUAUCAUUGCAGUUAAGAAGACUUGUCUCUAAAACUAAAUAAAUAAAUUUCCGUUAUUUACCCUGGGCAGUAUUUAUAGCAUUAAUGUUAGUGGGGCCUAGCAAAUGCCUUAAACAAGUAAUUUAAAUCAAACUUAAUGGGGUUAAGAAUCCCAACUGGCUGGAGGCAAACCAGCUGGCUAUUUACAAGGGUGGUCGCCAGAGAAUUUGAACUCGGGACUAUCCACAACAAAUCCAGCAAGCGGUCAGGGCGGCACUUUAAUUCGGGGCUUCGCGAUUACAAGUCCAGCGCUCUAACCGCGCGGCCACACUGCCUCCUUCUAUUGAGGUUGAUCAUUUGUUGUUUUUUUGUCUGGUUUACUUUCUUUAUGAUGUCGGACGUUAUUACUUCCUGUCACUUACGAUGCAUGUUUUUAAAGCCCCGUGCAAACAGACGCAACAUUGUUGGCCAACAACUCCCAACAUUGUUGGAUGUUACAUGGUGCGUCCGUUUGCACACCUUGUUGCAUGUUGUUGGAUGUUGUUGCGUGUUGUUGCGCAAAGUUUGAAAACGUCAAACUUUUCAGCCAACAACUCCCAACAUUUCUUUUGUUGCGUGAUCGCCGAGGCGUAGCGCAACAAUGUUGGAUCCGUUUGCACAGCUCUUCCAACAUUGUUGGGGCCACGCACGUUCAUUACGCAUGGUUUACAAAGACUUAUGGGUUGUAUCCCUCCCACGAUGCACUGCAGGUCCCAGCAUUGUUGGGGGUUGACGCAUCCGUUUGCACACCACUGCCAACACGCUCGCAACAACUCCCAACAUUGUUGCGCCAACAAUGUUGGGAGUUGUUGCGUCCGUUUGGACGCAGCCGAAGAUCGUUUCUUAUAUUUGGAGGGGCUUGUACAUGGAGGGGGUUAUUUUCGGAAUUUUACGGUAUGUUUAUGUGGGAUCUACAAUAUCUCGAGGUGGAGAUGGGUCGGAGAAAAUAAGGAGAAGGCUUGCUAUGGCAAAGAACAAGCUGUCGAAGUUGAAAUUCUUGUGGAAUGGUCAAGAUCCU